ACAAAUUUUGGCGCCAUCUUUGAUGGUAAAAGAAGAAAUCUAUAGAAGCAAUGACAGAGAAAAGCACAAAAACAACUGAAUACAAAUACCUAAAGCUCAAUGAAUUGCAGGCUAAUACAACGGUUAAUGUGUAUGGUGUCGUCAAAUUCGCCAGACCACCUACAAAGACUAGAGGAUCGGAUUUCAGUAUGGUGUUGAGUAUUAUUGAUCCUUCUCUUCACGAAAAUGAUCAAAAGCUCAAGUGCCUCUUGUUCCAUAGAGAAAAGGAUAAAUUACCAUUCCUGGAUGUUGGAAAGAUUGUCAGGCUACAUCGACUAAAGAUCACCCAGUUUCAUGGAGACUUACAGGGACAGAGUGGACCGGGGUUUUCCUGGCUGGCCUUUGAUGAAGAUAGGGAAUCUCCAACCAGACCGGUGUCAUCAAGCUCAAACUUCACCUUUACUGAAGCUGACAUAAACAGGGUUAAAGAACUACGGGAAUGGGUGGCCUCUCGUGACGACCUUCAACAGCCAAACAAGACCUGCUUUGCAGACAUGGUUCCCCAACAAUAUUAUGAUGUUUACUGUCAGGUUUUAGCAACUUGUGUAUUAGAGGAGAAUGUUGGUUUUCUGUUACGAGUCUGGGAUGGAACAAAGCCUAUGAACCUUGUGAGAGAGUUUGACAUCUCAGCGGCUGAUUUGGUUGUGGAUAAGAGACAGGAUCUGCUGGAUGUGGCAGGGAACCUGGCCCUAGAUGUAGCCCUGUAUGAUGAUCAUUACACAACAGGAAAAAACAUCAAACCAGGACAAUAUAUUAAGUUAAACAACCUCCAUGCUGCCAAGUUUCAUUCUGCUGACACCCGCCCAGAAUUGUCAGAAUUUCCCAUGAUUGAGCUCGUCAUACAUCGUGGCACAGCCUAUGGAAGAGGGGUGCACCUAAUAAACAAUGACUUUGUGGGAUUAAAGACACUCAAAGAAAGACUUGAGAAAGUAUCAGAGGAACCAAGAAGAAGGACAGCUGAAAUAACAUCAACUUCUUCAAAUGAAGAAGAAUUUAGAGUGUUAGAGCAUUCCAGAAACUGUGCAAGUCCAGAAAGUGAUAUCUCUUUCAGUCAACCCUCAGUAGACUUAUCUUGUUAUAAUAGCAGUAAAGAAAGAUUCACCUCACAGGAAGUGGAGAUGGAGGUGUCAUGUGACCUGCCUAGCCAAUCACAAUCUCAUAAGAGUAGACCACAUGAGGAAACCGACCAAUCAGAUUCACAAAUGUCUCAGACUAUUGCAAGGUGUAUGCUUCAAACAUCGACAGUUGUUUUGAACCAUCCCCAUGUUCAGUGCACAAAGAUAAAGGAUGUACUGACUCAUAAAGUUCCGUACAAAUUCCGGAUUCUCGCUAGAGUGUUGGAGUAUUUCCCGAGGUUUAGUCAACCAUCUGACAUCUGUAAACUUUACUGCACGGAAUGCGACUAUUUGUGUGAUGUCCCUAACAAUAAAAAUAUUGCAAAAGACCUGAAGAUCAGCCGAAACAGCAGACAUAUAAAUCAUUACUUCUGUCCAGAAUGUAGCAAAGAUUCACAAUGUGAAAUGGAGUAUAUCUUUAUGAUGAGAUUUCUGUUGAGUGACAGUACAGGGGAAUUAGUGGCAAAUGUUUGGAGGAGAGAUGCAGUGACAUUUUUCCAAGACAUCACUCCAGUAGAAAUGUUCACAGAGUCGGUGCUGUGUAAUUUGGUCAAGAAGGGCCUCGGGGCGAUCUCUACCCCCUCUGGUCCCUGGUUCGAAUGCUGUGUGAAAUCUUAUAGAACGCUCGGUGGAGUCCGCUACCAAAUAUUUGACACGUGUUUAGUUUAAGAAUUAAAAAAAAUUAUUAAAAAACAAAUACUUCAAAA